AGAGAGAGAGAGAGAGAGAGAGAGUGUCAGCCUCCCACAUUACCAUCAGCUCUGACUUUGUUCACAUAUGAGUUUACAAGCUGUUAUAAGAUGAAGUGUGCGUCUGUGUGCUACAUGCUGCAGUCUGCGGCUUUUCUCACGCUGACCUUUUCAUUGACUUUCGCUACUCCGUCGAUAUACAGUUUAUUCCAAGGCGCUCCGUAUUCCAGCUCGAGCCCGAAACAACGCAACAAAAACUGGUGUGCAUUUGUAGUGCACAAGAACGUGACGUGCGCUGUGCUGGGAGUGACGGAAAGUGUGGAGUCUGACAAUGCACCCUGUCCUGAACAUCAGCCUCAUUGUACUCAAACUGGAAUAUACCGCAUCCACACAAGACCAACAUACAAGGUGGGCUACAAGCAGGUGACUGAGCUGGAGUGGAGGUGUUGCCCAGGUUACCGUGGUUAUGACUGCAUGGAGCUCAAGGAUGCUCUGUCACCUCAAGUUGUCCGGGAACUACAACCAGAUCUGCCCUCUAGUCACAAACCACAACAGAGUGUUGGACCAGAUGUUACCGCUGGUGCCCAUCCUUGGACACAAUUUGGACAAAGUGGACAAACCAGACACCCUUGGAAUGAAGGUGGAGAGUCUGGAGCACAGAGAGGGCAACAUGAUAGUCGUCGUGUUCGAGAGUUAGAAGAAGAAGUACAACGUCUUUCUCAAACUGUCCUUGACAUGCAGUCUGCUAUGACAACUGCAAAUGCUAACAUGCGUCUAGAUCUGCAAGAAGAUGCAAGCAAGAUAAUCCUGAACUUACUUGGCCAUCUGCGGCAACCACAGGAUGCACUGACUGGAGGAACUGAGAGCAUUGUGCUGCCUUCAGACCUAACAAUUUUUCCAGUUCCUGAUGAGCUUCAAAAUCAGGUCUCCCACCUUUCUAACACAAUCAGCACCAACACCAACACCAUUCAGGGAUUGGAGGCCAAGAUUCAGCAGAUUGAAAGCCAGAUGAACCAGCUAAAAGAGGCAGCCAGUGGUACCUCAGUUCCACUCCCUUCCUCUACCUUGGCCACUGAGUGCCAAUGCAAGGCUUUUAUUGAUGAAAAACUUCAAGCACUUCGUGAGGAGCUAAUGGAGGGAAUGGAUAUUAAGAUGGCUGAUUUGAAGAACUCCUGUGACUACAAAGUGGAGUCAGUCAAAGAGCAUUGUGAUGAACAGGAGACCUCCUACCUAAGUCUUACUGAGCUCCUUGAAUCCAAAGAAAGUGACUUGCGCCAAGAAAUCCAGGACCUGAGGCACCUUGUUUUAAAUAGCACUUCUAAAGGAUUGGCAGUUGCUCAGUUUCAAGUUGAGAUCCAAAGCCUAAAGAAUGUGCAUCAGAGCUUGGCUAAUGCUGUAAAUGCAACAAACAAGCAACAGAAGGCUUUAGAGGAGGUAUUGAACACAAGGUUUAGCCAAGAAGAAAAGAGUACAGAAACUCACUGGUUCAAACUGGAGGAAAAGUUAAGAAGUGAGCUGGCAAAGGAACUGGAGGCUCAGAACAAAACCUUGGAGAGCAAGAUCAGUGCAGCUCUACAGGUCAUUCAAGACAUACAAUUGCACACUAUACCAAAAGAUAACAGCCAAAAUAUUUUAGAUAUGGAGAAACAGACGCAGAGUCUGAAGGGUGAGGUGAGCUCUCUUCUGCAGCAAGUUACACAUUUGGAGAGCUCAGUUCAAAUUCUCAAUGAGUCCAAAAGCCUUCAGUGUCAUACAGACGGCGGCCUUUAUAACAAACUAGUUGAACUGGAGGAAGCUUGUGGGAGGGGCCAAGAAUCUGCCAACAAAGUGGAGGAGAUCUUGUCUGGAAUGGAUGGAAGGGUGGUCAACGUUGAAAGGCUCUGCGGUAGAUUGGAACCAAUGUCCGACAGUCUUAAGAGAAUUAAAGAUGGACUCAACAAACAUGUCAGUGGCCUCUGGAACUGUGUCCGAAAGCUGAACAGCACUGUCAUUACUCACACUACAGACAUCAGCACACUGAGAGAAAAUACACACACUGCAGCAGGCAAGCAGCAUGGAACCACCAACCUUACACAAUAUACAGGUCCAGGUGUUCGUUCUGGUAUGGAGGACUCUAGUGUUCUCAUGGAGAAAGCCGCUCCAGUUCUAGAGUCUGGAGAAGCAGGGCCACCUGGAACCAAGCUUACAUCACAACCCCCUCAGGGCAGCAGUGGCAGUAAGGCACCUGUUAAGGGCUUUUCUUCAGCUCCAGGCUUUUCUCCAGCGGUCCCAGUCUCUGUUACAGCUCAUAUUCUUCCAGGUCCUAUGAGUGUAAGUGUCUCCUUUUCGGCUGGUCUGACCCUCUUUCCAUUUUCUGAAGAGGUCGGCAUCAUUCGCUUCAACAAAGUGCUGCUGAACGAUGGAGGCCACUAUGACCCACAUACAGGUGUGUUCACUGUGCCUACUGACGGCCGGUACUUGUUGAGUGUCGUGAUAAUGGCCCAGAAAGGAGGUAGUGUGGAAGCAGUCCUCUCAGUGGCCAAUCGUAGCAUCCAGAAGCUUGACACAGCUGGAGCAGAGAAUAAGGCAUCAACAGGGUGUCUCUGUGGAGGCUCUGCCUCUGCCAACCUUGUCCUUGAUCUCAGACAAGGUCAGAAUGUGGGGGUGGUAAAAACAUCAGGAACUCUGGCAAUUUCAGCGUCCACCGAGGUGCUUUCCACAUUUAGUGGAGUUCUGCUUUAUCCAGUGCCAGCAAAAAGAUAAUAAUGAUCAGAUUUUAGGGUUACAUUUUAAUAAUUAUGAUAAUGAUAUAUGUUAAUGUUAAAUAUGUUAUACCACUACACUCAACACUCACUUAAAUAGGAAAACCUGUACGUCUGAUCAGCUAUGCAGUUAUCUAAUCAGCCAAGGAAAAUCCUGCAGAUACAGGCCAAGAGCUUCAAGUAAUAAAAGUAAAAUUAAAUGUGACUUUAAUUGUGUCAUGGAUGUUAGUACCAGAUGAGCCGGUUUGAGUACUGUAGAAACUGAUGAGCUCACACACAUUUAUUAAACAAUUAUCAAGCUUUGAGGUAGAUGAGAUACGAUAGGAGAUGGUCAUAUUUGGUUCCACUCCUGUAGCCUAGAACAGGAAUCUGAGGUAAGCAGCAUGUACUCAUGAUAGACUCCAAUUUCUGUUCUGGGUUUGCAGGAGUGUAGCCUGAUGUGGGCUCCUGCUGUUGUCACCUUGAGGUUUGAUGUGUUGUGUGUUCUGAGAUGCUUUUGUUAUGACCACAGUUGUAAAGAGUUGUUAUUUAAGUUACUAUAGACUUAUUGUCCAGGCAAAUAUUUGUUUUUUUUUUGCACUAUUCUAAUAUUCUAAACAUCAGAAUAGGAAAAAAGUGUGAUCGCUGUGAUAACCAUGUCAACCAUGUUGG